CAAUCAUUCUCAUUCACUGUUGCGUUCUGUUCAAAAUUCCCCCCUACGAAAAUUCUCGUCCACCAGAUUUGAGCAACACUUGUCCACCUCCUCCUUCUCCCAUGCCGAAAUUCCGUCGAAACCAUCCUCUCCCCCCAUCGGUCCUUUCUUCUAUUCUCGUCCCUUUCUGCCCUCUCUUCCUCCUCUGAUUUCUGUCAUUUCUCUCUCUGUGUGUGUAUUUGGGUCAUCAUCGCCGGCAGAGCUGAUGUUAAUGAUGUUGUCUGCCGGGUCGUUGCUUUGAAUCCCUCAUAAGCUUCGGCCCUUUCAGACUAUCCAUAGCUUUCCAAAGUCAAAUCUUAUGCCCCCUCUUAAUUGUUUUCUCAAAUUCUUCGCGUUUGAAUUUCUGGGUCAUCGGUCUUGAUCUUGAAAAAAAAAAAACAAGGUGUUUACUUCAUUAUUUUAAUCGAAAUAGAGCAGGACAAAUUUUUUUUGUUGGGCCACGAUUUGGACCCAAUAAAGGUAAAGUUUUUCCUAUCAAGGGAGAAUUUUUAUUGCUGUCUCGUUGGUGGGUCUGUCCCAACACUGCAUUUCUUUGAAUGAUAUUGAAGUCGUCGUCUCACUUUUGGUUAGUCAUUCAAACGGGUACCCCGGAUUCCUCUGGGUAUAAAGUUGCUUCCUUAUUUGAUCAGAAUCCCAUUGUCUACUCGACUCAUUUAUUUGGCUCUUGUUCACAUUAGGAUGAUCAUGACAAACCCAAAAUCUUGCUCUUCCAUCUCCCAGUGAAAGAGUCACUUCUGGGUUUUUUUCACCUGUCCCGGGAUUGAUUUCGGGGUACGUUUUCGAUAUUUUCCUGUCCCUUUGAAAAGCAGAAAUUGAAAAUGGAUUUGGAGAAACCUGUGAAUGUGAUUGAUGGGGUUAAGAGACUGGAGAAGCAGAGCAGUGAUUUGGCCAAGGGGAAGGGCAACUCCGGAAGCCUCAGCAGCAAGGACUUGUACGUUAGAGCUGAUAAGUUUGACAUCAAGAGCCUCGACAUUCAGCUCGAGAAGCACCUCAGUCGGGUUUGGUCCCGAAGCGUCGAGAACCAGAAGCCGACCGAGGAGUGGGAGAUUGAUCUUUCAAAGCUUAACUUGAGAUAUGCUGUUGCUACUGGAACGUAUGGAAUUGUCUACAGGGGAACCUACGGGGACCAAGAUGUUGCAGUGAAGUUGUUAGACUGGGGAGAGGAUGGUGUCACAACAGCUGCCGAAAGUGCUGCCUUACGGGCAUCAUUUCGGCAAGAAGUUGCUGUCUGGCACAAGCUUGACCACCCUAAUGUUACCAAAUUUAUUGGUGCUUCAAUGGGAACAUUGAAUCUCAAAGUUCCUGAGACAAAUUCACUCAGGGAUGCGCAUGGUAACAUUCCAGCAAGAGCUUGCUGUGUUGUUGUGGAAUUUGUUCCUGGUGGGAACCUGAAGAACUAUCUGUACAGAAAUAGGCGUAAGAAGCUUCCAUUCAAGACCGUUAUAAAGCUUGCUCUAGAUCUUGCCAGAGGUUUGAGCUAUCUACACUCGAAGAGGAUUGUUCAUCGGGAUGUGAAGGCAGAAAACAUGCUCUUAGAUACUAAACAAACCCUGAAAAUUGCUGAUUUCGGGGUGGCAAGAGUGGAAGCCCAGAACCCAAGGGACAUGACUGGUGAAACUGGGACCCUUGGAUACAUGGCUCCUGAGGUUCUUGUUGGGAAGCCUUACAACAGAAGCUGUGACGUGUAUAGCUUUGGGAUAUGCUUGUGGGAAAUAUACUGCUGUGCUAUGCCGUACCCAGAUCUAAGUUUUGCUGAUGUGUCAUCUGCUGUUGUUCGACAGAACUUGCGGCCAGAGAUUCCCCGAUGCUGUCCCAGCUCCCUGGCCCAAGUCAUGCGCAAAUGCUGGGAUGCAAAACCGGAGAAACGGCCCGAGAUGGAAGAUGUGGUUAAGAUGUUGGAAGCCAUCGAUACUAGCAAAGGAGGCGGGAUGAUUCCUGAGGACCAGAUUUCUGGGUGCUUCUGCUUCGGCCCUGCUCGUGGCCCGUGAUAUUUGAAUGCGAGCCAGUUCGAGCCUUUACUCAGAAAGGAGUUGUCCUUUCCAUUUUAUCUUCUGAUUUGUUUAUGGAGAGGUUGUUAGGGAGGGAGUAUUGACUUAAAGAAUGUAUGACCUUGAUAUAUGAUUCAACUUUUUUUUUUAUAUGUAUUCUUACUUGCAAAGCUC